AUGGAACCUAAUGAUGAUAACAUUAUACAUUUUUCGGAAGAUAAUAACAAAACAGGAAAAAAAAUAAUAAUAAUAUUAGAGGGUGCAUGUUUACAAUUGAUUGAAAUAAAACCAUAUAUAUAUGAACUAGCUAAUAAUACAAAACAUAAAAAUAUAUUAUUAAAGGGGAAAAAUGAAGACAAUAUAAAAAAUUAUAGACCCGAUAUUUUACAUCAAUGUUUAAUCCAUUUAUUAGAAACACCAUUAAAUAAAUAUGGAAUGUUACAAAUAUAUAUAAAAACACAUGACAACCAAUUAUUUUAUGUUUCACCCCAUUUAAAAAUACCUAAAACAUAUAAUCAAUUUGAAUCAUUAAUGGUCACUUUUUUAAGAAAAUAUAAAAUUAAAGCAAAUGAAAAAAAUAUAUAUUUAUUAAAAAUUAUAAAAAAUGAUUAUAAUAAUAUUUUACCAACUAAUGGAAAAAAAAUAGCUUUGUCAUUAAAAGGAGAAAAGGUUAAUUUACCUGACUAUGUUCAGAAUUUUAAAGAUGAACAAAUUCCUAUAACAUUUUUUAUAGGAGCCGUAGCAUAUUCUAACCCAACUAUGAAUUUAGAUAUUAUUGAUCAAAGUAUAAGUAUUUCAGAAUACAGUUUAAGUGCUGCUACUUGUUGUUCUUCGAUAUGUUCUGAGUUUGAAAAUUUGUGGAAAUUGUUCUGA